GGAUGGCUACUAUUCCCACCGCCCCAAGGAGAAAGUCAGAGUGGACAGCAACAAUGAGAACUCUGUGCCCAAAGACUUUGAGAACAUAGACAAUAGUAACUUUGGCGCCCGUUCYCAGCCCCAGCGCCAGCCCCCAGGGGGCGCUAACAGUAACAAACACAGGGAGAGGCUGCAGGAGAAGGCCCAUGCCGAACAGGCAACCUGGAAGGAUAACGCUCCGAUUCUCAGCCGGAGCUCCAACGAGGUUCUCCAGUACGGACGAGCCGUAGCCCAGAAUGGCUCACUUCCUGUGGGCCCGAAAGCGGUUGGAGCCGGGGUGGGCUCCAGGAACCACCACA